AUGGAGGAGCACCACGACUGGGCUCGUACAUUUAGAUCCUUUGUACCAUAUACUCAACGAGACUCCCAACGAAUCGUUCCAACAUCGACAAAAUCGCAGCUCCAUUUCCCAUACUCCUUAACCAUUUCACGUCUCGAAGGCAUCACUCUCCCUCCAAUCAUUACAGAAUCCUAUUUGAAUUCAGAUGGUCCCAUGUCAUGUCGUGUCCGUGCUACCUUCUUUGAUGUCACAUCUGCUCAAUUUUAUGGCAAGACGUGGGCGUCGCCACGAUACAUUCGGAUACGGAAGGCCAAGACCGUGAAUGAUGGAGAACGUCAUAAUGAUGGUGGUGAUGACGAUCGGGAUACGGAGGAUGGUAGUGAGGAAGAUGAUGAAGAGAUCUAUUCUGCAGACGUUGCGCUUGUUGGGAAUCGGUUGACUGCUACAUUACAUGAUUUGCACAUUUACUUUCAUACACCUGUGACGGAACCAGAUACAAUUAUCGUAUUGGAAUUCGUGUUGCAAGUCGUGAAUGGACUUGAGUCGACGUCAAUCCUUCAAAACAUUGGAAUUGGCUGGACAUUCAUACAUCCGUUUGAUCCCAUGAAGAAUGGACUAGAUUGCACUCGGGUUUGGUCGGAUGCAGCAUCUAGUUUGAUGGAGCCAGUAGCUAAGCUGAUGCCAAUUUAUGUCGGUACACCACGAAUGCUACCAGUCAUCGCUCCACUAUUGCUAGGCCAAAUGCUUGGAUUUCCUGCUUUGACGCCUAUUCCAAGUGCUUUGUGCACCUAUAAACUGACCACUUGUCAGAGCCUUCGACAUGUUUGUCACUACAUUCGUGAGAACGAGUUUAUUGGAUAUGGUGAUAUAGUGUCUGGAGUCCGAUUCAAGGAUGAGUACAAUCUGGAAGCAUUAGAAACUAGUACUGCUAGCUUUUCUCAGGCAAGUAUCUCAAUACGAGUACAACCAUCAGUACAACAAUUCGAAGAAAAUCUCGUGAAGAUCGUCGCACAGACAUUUUGCGAGACACAUCAAAUACCACCAUCCGAACCAUUAGCACCACCCACGAUUCUAGAACGACGCUUGAAUCUAGGAUUUCAUAAUGGACGUACUUUUCUUACACCUCCUACCACAAUCACAUUAACACCAGUCAUCAAUGCAGAUGAUACGACAGGAAACGAGCUUAAAUUCCAGGGGAAUGUACAGCUUGACUCGUUUGUGCCGGAGGAUAAAGAUGUGGUGGUGAUAGUUUUAGUUGAAUACAAGGUUAAUGUUGUUAGAAGCAUGCCUGCUGAUGAUAAGGAUACCUCGGCUGCUGCUGUGCGAGCACGAAGAAUGUCUAUACGGCAAUUCGAAAAUGCUGGUGUUGAGCAGGUUGUUUUGUUGGGGUGGGCUAUAUGGAAACCCUUGCAUAAGGAUGAAACUGAAAUCAGACAAAUGCCAUUGAUUAACUCGAUAGAACCAAAUCCGUUCUUGGCAAGCAUGUAUCGACCUGCUGAUUUACUGAAUGGAAUCCCACCUAUGAAUGUAUCUUUUGUGUUUACUGGAGCUGUAGCACCAUCUCCUGCGAGCUCACCAGUGAGAUCCAUGUCGCGAUCAAUGUCAUAUGGAGAACGACCCAAAACUCCAAAGAGUCCCAGAACAAGAUCCAUACCUCCUUCUCCGACAAAGGCUGUUCCUAUCGCACCACUAAUAUCACUUCCGCCACCGGCACGAGCAGAACCAGCUUUAGUACCAGAAGCAAUGUUUGGUGAUCAGGAUAGUCUCAUGGAACUAUCAGGAAGUCUACCAUCUCCAGCACCAAUGAACGCGGUCUUGUCUUCCUCCUCAUUAAGGAGCAAACUGACUCGAGCAGAGAAGGCCCGAUUAGCGAGUGCUGGAUUUGCACCAAUACUGGAUUCAGAAGGUCGUAAACCUACAGUGCUAUCACUUGAUGAUGUGGAAGCACCAGUCAACUUGGCUUUGGAGUUACAGGAUACAAAGCUGAAUGAUGUCACCUUGACACUGAUGGGAUUGUCCAUUGUUGAUGGUGUAAACGCAUCCCCAAAUCGUGUGUUUUUCACAUUCAAGUUUUGGACGUAUCCUCAAGUCUUGACAUCGCCAGUCCAAGUAUACACAGGAGCACUCCCACCUUCAGAGCGCUCAAAACAGAUUCAUUCUGAUGAGCAGACGAAAACAAAUACCUGGCCAGGUAUAUUUUAUUCAUUCGAACAUGAUGGAUCCACGCCUGCUUAUCGUCAUGCACCUGGAUUAUCCUUCACAUACUCUGGAGAUGAGGAAACAUCACCAAAGCAAAUAGCAUCUCGAUAUGCAGCAACGACUUUCCGACACUAUCUGGCGAGCAAGAUUUUACAGGUCUUUUUAUGGGAUGCUGAUUCACACAUGUGUCUUGGCUCUUGCGAUAUUGAGCUCAAGUCUGUUUUACGACGUGGAAAAAAUGCAAUCAUGUUUGAUGAUUCGGUUGCGAUUAUCAGCUCAACACAAACGACGGAAGUGGCAGACACAACCAAUAUGUUGCAAAACAAGGUUGGAUCCCUCUUCCUGAAAUGGACGAAUAUUUCACGUAAAGGAACCAUGAAUUCCAUAAGUUUAUCGAAACCGAUUCUCUAUGACUACCAUGAAUCCAUCAAAGUACACCCUGAGGUCAAGAAAUUGGGUAGUCGGAUGCAAGACACCGACCCAGAGCUAUCUGAAAUGUUGCGUGAAGCCCAUGCUGCGCGAGUCAAAGGGCUCGAUGCGUCCCGAGCAGCUGAAAAUGCUUAUGGAGCCGUUUCUGCACAGAACGAAAGGAAAUUGGCUAAAGCUCGACGAGUUUUGAGACAGUCUGAUGCUACCAAUAGCAAAUCUGAUGCAAAUGAAAAGGAUGAAGUCUUCCAAACAUAUCAGUUGUCAAGACAAGAACGUCAACGAGACUUACAAGCGAUAGAGAUAUUCCGUGAAAGAAAGAAACGUCUGGUGAUUGGUGAAGAACUAACCAAGGAGAUUACUACUCACCAUACUAUUUAUGCUUCUCUCGGGCUUGCUUGCUAUUUCGAAAUCGUUUUCACGAAUCCAUACAACUACGAUGCCAAGUUUGAUGUCUCAUUCGAUGAUGCUGAGCUAAGAAUUGUGUCAAAUCCAGCAAUGCUCAAGUAUCUACGGCGGACAUACCAUAUCAUUGCACCGCUGGAUAAGGAGCCAGUAUUCUCUGUCAAGCGCGACGGUUCUACAGAAAUGUUUCUACUGGCAAAUGAGAAGAUGUCGGUACCGUUUGUGUUUCAGACAUUUUGUUCUGCGCAAGCUCGCGUGACCACAGUCUCAUUUUUCAAUAAUGAUCAAAAGCCUGUCGCAUUGCUUGACGUCCGAGUGAUUCCCACUGGACAUUUUGUCGAUCGAGUGGCACCAUUUUUCAGACCAGAAAACGAAGUUUUUAAGAGUGUGCUGAGAUUUGAGUCGCCACCUUCAAGAGGUCCUCUUGCAUCAAUAUUGCCUGAUGGCAUCACGACCAUUUAUGAUGCAGCACAUCCAGAUGCACGAUAUCUCAGAUGUGGGAAUGCGGAAGUAUCAUGUCAGCUUGGUUCAACUACGAUGACCAAUACUCACGAUUUGAGCUUUAAAGCGGUAGUGCAACCUGCCUCAGCUGGUAGCGAGACUCUCUCGAUGCUGCUGUUUGAUGAUCCAUUUUUUUUGAGUUUGGUUUGCAUUUGGUCCAUACCGAUUCAUGCUUUGCAUCGGUUUGAUGUGCAGUGUGUGUUUGGUCAAGAAACCAAGACGCAAUUGAUCGUGCGUGGUGGAAGUGCAUCACGAACAUGUCGUUUGUAUUCUAACUCUUCGGAAGUUGUGCAUGCUACUGGAAUGGUUGCUUUACCUGCCCAAAUUCUGGCAGAGGUUCCAGUUAUUGCUAAACCAUUAACAUUUGGAGUCAAAGAAGUUGUUGUUAAUCUGAUGGAUGAACAUUAUCUGGUCGCCAGCUACUUAGUAGUUUUACAUGCUAAACCGCCAGCUAUAACGAAGACCUUCGAAUUGGCACUACCCCGAUCAAAAUUGGUGAAUAAGCGCGUGACGUACACAAAUCCAUAUCCAAACAAGCGAACGUUUGUGAUUUCAACCAACAGCCCACAACUUCUCACAUUUAAAGAGCCAAUUCUUGAAUUGAAGAGAGAGGAAGCUGGAUAUAUCAAGAUGCAAUUUGCGCCAACUGGGACUCGAGUCGACACACUGGAGGUUCUCGUGUUUAUUGCUGAAGAUCGAGGUGUGCUUGAUGAAUGUAUAUGUAUCAAGAUCAAGUAUACGGAUUGA